AUGAACUCACUCGAAAAUAAGUUUACACUCCAGUUUCAAAAGCUAUGGUCGAAUAGGCUAUCCGAUUCGAUCAACUGCCUCGCUGUGGGAAAGCCGUUUCUUGAAGAGCUCAGUGAAGAAAACGAUAUUCUCAUUGGCACAACAGCAGGACGCGUUCUUAUUCUGAAUCAAACAAAGCCUGUAGAAGGCCUAUUAGAAACGAAAGGAGGAUCUAUUCAAUCUAUCUUAUUGCACGAUUUGACUGGGUUUGGUGCACUGGAUCUUGCUGUGGGAGAUUGCGAUGGCAUAGUUACUCUAUUUUCUCGACAACAGAUUCUGAGCAAACGAGAUUUAGGAUCUGCAAUUACAAAUUUGAAUAUACACAGCGACUUGGCAGGUGGAUGUGAGAUUAUUGCAGGCGAUAUCAAUGGAUCCUUGACCAGCUUUCAGCAGCAUGAUGCAUUAUGGAAGAUCAAUAUAGCAGAAGAAUCCGCUAAACUAGCAACAUUGGGUGUGACAGGACGCAAAUCACCUUCAAUUCGAUGUACACUUUCAACUGUUUUAAAAGAUAGAUUCGGGAUGGACAUGGCGUGUCUUUUAGUGUGUGAUGGCUGGCCAUUAGUGCAUUUUAUACAGAAUGGAGAGAGAGUACUAUCAAUCAGAUCGCCAAGCGUCAUUCAUUCGCUGUGUGCUGGAAACUUUUUAAAUUCAAAAGAUUUGCGACGAUUCAAGGUCAACCAACACAAUAAGAAAGGCACCGAAUCACACAAACUAGAUUACCAGCAAGUGCUGAUGGCUGGAAAAGAUGGGUGUGUGUACAUCAUGGUAGAUUUUGAGAUAUUCCAAUGGUUCAAAGUUGGAUUUUGUUUGGAAAAGAUUAUACGAUUUCGUCCUUCUGCAUUAGAUGAGAAUGAAACAGAUAUGAUCAUUUGUACCGGUCAUUCAAACGAGGUAUUGAUUUACCAGAAUGGAGAGCAAAUAUGUCAUAUUCGCACAUCAGAUUGGCCACAUGCAGUUACCUUGGGCGACAUCAAUGCGGACGGGCAAGACGAAUUGGUGCUGGGGCUUUUGGAUCAAACUAUUGAAGUUUAUGAAUGGGACAUUAAUAAAAGUUAA